AUGGUGACCAUCCGGCAAGCCCUGCUUUCUGUGAGGGGCGAGGACGCCGGAUCCAUUUCGCCAACUGUUGCGGCCCUGUCAGAUUUAGGCUUUGACGUAGAUGCCGAGGUCGGCGACGCUUUCCUACUGCUGAAUGCGGAACAGGCAGCAGGCCUCACUGUUCGACAACAGUUGGCUCUAAAAGCCGCCAUCCAAGGGAUCCAUGCUUGGAUACAUAAGCGAAGGGCACACUACCUUAUCUCGACCUUAUUGACAAUUAAUAAUCUUUACAUUACCUUUUCGAACGUUUGCUGCCUCGUCCUGUUUUGGGAUGGGCUAUCGGGGCACCCGACAGAAAUUGAAAGAUAUGCAAAAACGCUAUCGGGUGGGCCCGACGGGAAUGGGAAGGGGAAAACCGGCAACCCGACCAUUUCAGGAAGGUCCUGUCCAACCCUGGUGGCAACCCCCGCGGUUGCCCUGGCACCCAGCUUCUGCUCCAAGCUGCAAUCCGCACGGUUGUUAACGGCAGCGGUCACACCUUCAGAGUGCAGUUCGAAAGGGCAUUCCUGGUUACUAGUUGAUGAUCCCACGUUAACCAAGUCGGCUGGUGCCAGCCUACUGGGCACUGCACAACCUGGGAAAAUUCGCCCUUGCUGUGCAAAGCCUAAAAUUGCCGAGCUUCCUUGUGCAUAUCAAUGUGGUGAUAGCCGGACUUCUGAGACACGGUGGGCAGAUAGCCGUGUGGUUGCGGCACUUCACACAAGCAUCCCACGGGACUUAUACCUGUAG